AGUGGGUUUUCUUAUGUAUACUGUUAUUUACUCUUACUGGCCAAUUCCCCAGAAAUUUGUUAUAUUCCAUGACUACUGUUUCAACACCCGUGACAAUGCCAGGAAUCAGCAAGAGAUCGGAAGGUGGUGCAGGUCGAAAAGAGGAGCCAUCUGCGGCACUGCACUCCGCUGUGCAAAACAAACCUGCCAACUUAAGGACACUGAAAUAAAAAAAAACGUGGUUGUGACGCACAUACUCAGAGCACCUUCGUUUGCGUCGAGGACAAGGUAGCGGCAGCACCUCUCAUUCAGGUGAGGUUGACAUGAGCUGAAGUUUCAGCAGACAGUGCUGCUACCCGAGCUUCGCGCGGCACAGGUAUUCCACGAGCUUGGCACGUCGAAUUCAAUCUAGCAUGCGAUGGAUGCUGCAGACACAUCUUUAAAAAGUGAAACUUGCUUAAAAACACACACAUUUUACUGUUUAUCACAUUGUAUUUCGUCUCUUACUAAAGCCGAGAGCCCUGAGCUGGAGCCAGACGUGACGACCGUCGGGCUCCUCCCGACGCCCUCGACGGCCCUUUCCACCGCCUGUCCGCUUUAAAUGGGACAAGUUGCAGAAGGAGCCGAGUAAAUCUGUUCGUGUCCAGCGACUGUCAGCUACAGUGUGUGACUUUCAGAAAACAGUAAUACAUAAAUAUAAAUGGUGCUUUGGGCUUUUAAAAAAACAGAAACCCCAUGAAAAGCCCCGCAAACAGGAAAUCGUGUUUAUUCCUGUGAACUAUUAAUUAGAGUUUAACCACUGAGACCUGGCUCAAUAGGCAGGGCAGCAAAUUGAAAAAAAGUGCGCGGAGAGCCGGGCACAUUGCGGUGCUGACAUUUACAUCCCUCUAAGCUAAGUUGUCUUACGAGAGGUACCCUCACCAGUCAAAGUCAAACUAAGACAGUAGCAAGUUCCGUGUAAGUGGGAAAUCAAGAGAGGUAUCAGUUUGAAAAAAUCUUCAGCUUAGAGGUGGGUCGAUAGAGGAUCAAUAAGCAUUUUAAUCAACAUAAUGUCUACGGCAUCAGAACCCUUUCCAAGAUGUCAGGUACUUGUCCGGAAAAACAGAUUAGUGGCAGCGAGCAGGAAAGCAGUGCUGCUGGGCUCUACGGAGCGACCGAUUGGGCAUUAAACCUGCAGGCGGAGAAGCUGCUUCUGCAUGAGAGCGGGGGACUCCCAAAAAGCAGCCUACCGCUCGCCAGCCGGGAUCUACUACAGCUGGAGGAGCGCAAGAAGUGGCGCAUCUGGCGGAAAGAAAUUGGCAAACUCCACAGACUGGAACAAGUUGGCCCCGAAGCACUGCACCUUGACCACUGGAGAACAUUUUGGGAAACCAUGCCAGCUAUUAAACGUGAAAGACUUGACGUGGACGAACUAGCUUUAGCUGCUUUUAACCAGCCUGUGGAAACAUUGCCUGACUAUCUUUCCCCUUUAACUGCUGCUAUCCCGGUGGUGGCCCCUCGCCCUCCAACGUACGACCAUCUCUUUGCCCUCCACCAUCGUGCCUAUUUGGGACUGCCUGGGACUCACCCUAUGCCCGAGGAUUUGAUGCUGGAAAGAUUUUCAUCCAUUCCAGACUUUCAACCCUUUUUUGACAGCGGGGAGCCAUGCAUUGAAGUUGAAUGCGGGGAGAACAAGGCGCUGCUUUAUAUUAAUAAAUUGUGCCAGGGAAGCAAAGGACCCUCCAUUAGGUAUAGGGGCGAGUGGCUCACCCCAAAUGAGUUCCAGUUUGUAAGCGGUAGGGAGACAGCCAAAGACUGGAAGCGUAGCAUCAGACACAAAGGGAAAAGUCUGAAGACCCUCAUGUCCAAAGGAAUCUUACAGGUCCAUCCGCCGAUCUGUGAUUGCCCUGGGUGUCGAAUUUCGUCUCCAGUGAACCGGGGACGCUUAGCAGACAAGAGAACCAUCCCUUUACCUCCCACAAGAGUUCCCAAGAAGGAGCUGUCUUCCGUAUUUACUAAUAGCGAGGAUAGUGAAGAAAGUGAGCAUGCGAGUAGCGACCAUUCUGGAAUAAAACUGGAGGAAGACCUUCAUUUCAGUACAAUGAAAAGAAACCGUGAUAGUGACCUUUCUACUAUCAUCUCUAACUUGCAUCAGAGUCGGCAGGUCGUUAUGCCAGAUUGUCAAAGUCGAACUGAGAUCAAGAGAAAUAACCUAGAUCUAAACAUAGGACCACCAGAUGACAUUUUAGGCAAGAGAAGGGUAUGCUCUCCCAAUAGUAACAGUGAAUAUCCUUCAGAAAACAAGAAGCCAAGGAGUGACUCCCCUAAAGAAAAUUCACACACUCCUGUUCUGGAGGAUCUGGUAACUCAGAUGACCCCUGAAGAACAUUACAGGCGGAUGAUGUCAGCACUUAAUGAACAUAGCUCCUUUGAGGAACAACAGCGUCUCUACCAGCUGGCAAGUAGCAUGGGUGUUCACAACCAUGGGGACCUUCUUCGAGUUCGACAGGAGGCAGCUGCAGUUGUGAGGAACUCCAGUGUAAUGGAAGCUCACAUUCCCUCAUCAAGUAACUCAUCAAGCCAGAGAAGAAAACAGGGCUUGCCACAGCAUCGUGACGCACACUUUACUGAGAGAGAGAUGUCCCAUCCUACCUCGUUGCUGUCGCCUCAGAACGCACCUCACAUUGCACUUGGCCCCCACUUGAGGCCUCCUUUUUUGGGCAUGCCUUCAGCUCUUUGCCAGACACCAGCAGGCUAUGGAUUUUUGCAGCCCGCCCAAGCUGAAAUCUUUGCACGACAACAGGAGAUGCUAAGGAAGCAGAAUCUUGCAAGGCUUGAAAUGUCAGCAGAGAUUAUUCGUCACAAGGAGCUGGAGAAUCUGCAAAGGCAGAGGUUUCUAGCUGCAGACCCCAUGUCCUUACACCCAAGCCUACCUCCUGAUCACCCUGCUUUACGAAAUAUGCAUGAAAUUCCUGAAGGACAUCCACUAAGAGAGGAAAUAACACGAAGGAAUGCUAUGCUUGUUUUACGGCACAACAGUGCACCCCUACUGUCGUUGAAUCACCAUGGUGUACCUGGCUCUGCCCCCCCAAAAGAACCUAUCAGAAAAGGAUCUAGGAAAUCUGCUCACCAGCGGGCAGAGUUGCAUUGUCCUGUUGAGGCCAAGGACCCUGCUGAAAUUCGUAUGCAGGAGAGUGCCACAGACUGCAAUGAGGAGGAAAUGAAAGACUCGGAAAGUGACACAGACGUAAACGAUGAAAAAACUGAAAGCCUAAAAACAGAAGGCUGUAGCACUCUCAAUGACUUUAAGGAGUGCAAAGAUACCAUGAAGCCCUGUGAGAGCUUGAAAGAUUUAAAUGACAUUACUGCCUGUCAGAAUGCACCUUGUGGCUCUGUAGGAGCUGACUCACCCAGUCACCUGGUUGGUCCUGGAGUGAGUAAAAAUGAACCUAAAUAUCUUCCACCUACUACAGCUGUACCAUCUCAACCUCUGCCGUUUGGAUUUCCUUACACCGGAAGCUCUUAUUUUCACACAGGCACAAUGGGAGGUCUCUUUUUGGAUGGAGAGGACAGCUCAACCGUAGAGGAUAUCAGCAAAUGGACAGUUGAGGAUGUGUGCAGCUUUGUAAGCAGUUUAACUGGCUGUGCAGAAUACACUCAGGUAUUUAGAGAGCAAGCGAUUGAUGGAGAAGCUUUACCACUCUUGACAGAAGAGCACUUAUUGAACAACAUGGGGCUGAAACUAGGGCCUGCACUGAAGAUAAGGGCUCAUGUUGCUAAGAGGAUUGGCAGAGUGUUAUACAUGGCUAGCUUCCCUCUGGCAUUUCCGUUACAGCCUCCAGCUUUACGGCCUCCAGAGAGAGAGAUGCCUCCUACAGAGAACAGACCGUCAUCUGAUGGCAGUGUGGCCUCUCCAUACAGCAGCUUACAAGUAAGUCGCGUCUCACCAAAGCAGGAAAAUGGAAACUCAAUGUCUUUGACUGGAAUAAGUGAGACCACAAAACUUCCAUCUUAAUCCAGACUGCCUUUCAACUUCGCCCAGUGCCGAGAACCAAAAUAUUUUAGGGGACUCAAUGUUUUGAUUGAAUUUCAUACAAGUUUAACAUUUUAUUAAGAAUCUGAAAGAAGUCAAUUUAUAUUUGAGUCUUCUGAGAUGAGAGAAGUCAAGUCUGUGAACUGGGUUGAAUUCCAAAGGAUGGAAGCGGAUUGGAAAAGUGACAAAUACUCUCACAGUGCUUGCCAAAAAUACAGCUUCCGUCCGGCAGACAGAAACUGAGGAAAAUCUGCUCCAAGGAACCAGCUUUUGAGAGAACAUGUACAUUUGUACCAAAUGCAGAGGCUACGCCCAGAGGUCUAGACUAAAAUUACAAGCACUCCCUACAAUGAAACUCAGUUACAACAGUGUCUAUGCAUUUCCAGGAACUAUACCAAAGAAGGAAGGCUGUAAACCCACUCAAAAUGGUACAAUAUUUCAGAGUUCUUACUGACUUCAGGGAAAAAAAUAAAUGCAUAAAUAAGAAAAAAAAAAAGUUCCUCACUGUUUAGACAAGCCAGACUAUCAUGCAGGCAAGCAGAUCACUUGCUGUAACAAGGUUAACAAUGGUGACCUUUAACCUUGGGUGUUAAUACAUGUCUCCAUCACUGGCUGUUCAGCUGCAGCAAAUGCAGAAAAGUGCCUCAUCACAUAGAGUGAUGGUGCCACACAGAUCUGGUCUACAGAGGACCACACUUGCAGAUAACUAUGUGUUUUGUGUUUCAAAUGUUUUAUGAAGUUUACUGCUGUGAAAACAGUGAAACAUGACCCUUUAGAACUUGUACAGCAAUCAGAUUUAAAAAGUGGUACUUUUUGUUAUACGUAAUUUUGCACGAGUUAUUUUUUUCUACAAAAAAUUGAAAAACAGCAGCUUGAUGGUACCUUCUUUUUUGUUGUAAAAAAAACACUUCUGAGGGUUAUAAAAUGUUAACCCUUUGUCUGCUGCUGCUAUAGAGCAAAUGAACAUUACUUUAUUUAUAAAUCUGUUGGCAGUUUGACCUCACAUGGUUUGCAUACAUCCCCGUAAAGGAUGCCAAAGAACAACUGCACAUAGCACUGCCUACCCUUUAAAAUGGCACAGUGAUCAUUAUGCAAACAGUUACUAAAUUUUAUGUCUGUAAAUGACUAGGAUAGCUACUGUAAAAUAUUUCUGUUUGUUGAUUUGCUUUGACAUUCACUUUUAGUGAAAUAAAAGUUUAAAUAAAAGUGGUUUGGUUUA